GUCUGGACAAAGGAACCGAGCACGGGAGCCUGCCUUUCCCAUGGCAGGAUGCAGGUCAACCUGGGUACUGCCUGGUCGGCUCCUCAGUCUGCCCAGCUGACUCGGCACUCCAGGUGUCAGGGAAAUCAGGUCCCAGCAGGCGGUGACCCAGGGACCAGGGCCCUCCCACCCCAGGCCAGUGGGAGGCCGUCCCUCCUCUCCCCUCCCCUUCCUCCCCGCAGUAACCCCGCAGAGCAGAGCGGCUGGGAUCAGAGACCUAGACCAGUAGGGGAGAAGAAGGUUGUAAACAGCAGAGCGGCUCCUCCCACCGCCUGGAGCAACUCCUCCCUCCCAGGCACCUCCUCCAGGAAGCCCUCCAGGAGGCCCCACCACAGCCCACCGCAUUUGAGCCGAAGGUGUAUCCUGCUCCAUCCCCUGAGCCACUGGGGCUCUUGGGGUGUCCUGGGCUCACCUGUGGUUUGCAGACAGAGCAUCUCUGGCCAGGGAGGGGCCUGGCACUGGGCUGAGGCUGGGUCUCGCAGCAUGGCCAGGCUCGCACUCCUGGCCCUGCUGCUCUCGCUGGCUGGAACCCUGCUCAAGGCCCAGGAGCCCCACGAGGUGCAGCAGUCUCCCCUCCACACGGUCGUGCCGGUGGGGGGCUCCGUGAACAUCACCUGCUCCACGAGCGGGCCCCUGAAAGGGCUCUUCUUGGGGCUGAGCUGGCCAAAAAGCAUGGAUGUGAUUUACUACGAGGAAGGGGUGGAUAGCACUGUGGACCAGCAGUUCCAGGGCCGCAUCAACUUCUCGGGGUCCCAGCACAACCUGACCAUCACCGUGAGCCUCCUGCAGCCGGCCGACUCCGGCCUUUACACCUGCCGGGCCGUCAAGAACCACACUGUCGUCGGCCCUGGUACCUUGGUCACAGUCACAGAAAAACUGUGCCAAGAGACACAAGGAGCACACGGACACCAGGAGCCCGGGCUGAUGUUCCUCAUCCUCCCUUCGGCCCUUGCUGUGGGCUUCUUCCUCCUGGGGCUGGUCCUGGGACUGCUGUAUGCCCUGAGGAUGAAGGUCAGGAAGCUGUGUGCCUCCAGGGAGAAGAACCAGCCCUGCGUGGUGUAUGAGGACAUGUCCUAUUGCAGCCGCAACGCCAGCCCCUGCCAGUGAGCCCCUCAGACCCGUGACCCUCCGCACCCCGCCCAGCCUAGCUCACCCAGUGCCCACACUCAGGCAGCUGUGGCAGGGGCUGCACUCCUUGGCGGCCCCAGGUUCCGGGGCCCCUCCUCCAGGAAGCCUUCCAGCAGGCCCAGCCCUUCAUGGCCUGAUCACAAUGCCACCAGCAAGAGAGCUCAGCCGGCCUCCCACAGGCAGCAGGGCCUCUGCUGUCCAUGGCCUUAGAUGGGCUCAGACGCCCAAGUCCCCAGCCCCAGAGCCUCUUGGCGAAGGGUGCAGGAGGAGGCCCAGCCCCGACUCAGCCCCUGCGGGAAAUAAAGUGUUCCUUCUCUUUCCUUUCUAACUUGGCACUGUUACCAACCCAAGCCCCUCCUGGAGCUUCUGCAGCUGGUGUGAGCGUGAGGCCCGGGAGGUCGGAGGAGGGAGGGAGCACAUCCUGUCCAGCCCCAGGGACGGCCUGCGGGGAGCAGCUCAGGCCGGGCAAAGGGCAAGGCUGAGGCGCGGCCCCGCCCACGCCAGAAGGCAGCGUUCUCUGGCCCCGCCCCUUAGGUCCCUGGCCAGUCCCUGCCCGCGGAGGCUGACCGCAGGGGGCCUGACCACGGGGCCUUGGAGAGGGCUCUGGUGCAGCCCAAGGACCCCAGAGACAGCGUGCACCUUCCAGCCUCUCCCAGAUCCCUCCUCAUUCUCGGAGCCCGUGGGUGGGGAAACAGGCACCGCCACUCAGCGGACAAGUGGCAGAGCUGCCCAGGUCCCAACCACCCCUUGUGAUGCCUCUGGGACAGCGAGGGGCCUCGGAGGCCCACGGGCACAGCCCUCAGCUGUUCACACUACACCUUGCCUGCCCCCGUCCAGAGUAGUCUGGACACAGCUCGGGGUGGCCUAACACCCACCCCUGCCACACUGAAGGAAACGAACUGAUGGGAGGCACCACGGGCCCAGAGCCUUCGUCCCUGCGGCCUCUGCUGGCCGGAGGGGACUGUGUGCAACAUGGUACCGCACAGAUGACAGUGACCCCACACCAAGAAGCAUCCCAGCCCUCAGCAGCCUGCCUGCAGUGGACCCCAGACAGGACCCCGGGCGCCCUAGGGUGCUACGGGGUUGGGGCUCCACGGGGUGGCCAAAGACUCCGUCUCUGGACCCUUCUCUCCUUUUUGGUGCAUCCACACCCCAGAGCUGCCCAGAGUCUGCGGGGUCUGUCCAGGCACAGGGCCACAUCCUGGGUAAGUGGAGCAGCCAGGCUCCUGUCAGCAUCAUCGGGCUCCCAGGAAGCCCUGCCCAGCUUCCAUCCUUGAAUGUCGAAUGUGGCUCUGCAACACCACCUUCUGGGCCAGCUUCAGACCUCUCCUACCGCCCAGGCACGGUGCAGCCUAACCAGUUUCCCCAAGCUGCCACCCCCACCUCCCCAGGACAAAGCCAAACUCCUGCGCUGCCCAGCUGCCCACUCCAGCUGGUGGUCACCUGGCAGCAGCCUCCAUCACCAGGAGAGAGCACAGCCCGGAAGCCAGCUGCAGACCCAGAAGCCAGCACUGAGACCUGAGCCCACAGUCACGGCUCUGAAUGUGACAAAGUGACAAAGAGAAAGCUAAUCACAUCAGCGGUAUGCUAGAAACUUAAAAAUCUCUACAAAAACAGAAACAAGGAUAGAUGACACUGGGACUCAGGGGGCUGAGGCAGGAGGAUCACCAUACAUUCAAGGCCAGCCUGGGCUACAUAGUGAAACCCUGUCUCAAAAAAAAAAAAAAAAAAAAAA